GAAGUAGCCACCGAGCCGGGGCCAAAAAUCGUGUUGAAAGAGUUUCUCUCAGGUGCGACGCACUGAAGCUUCGUUUCCCGCGCCAUUCUUGCUAAAACCCUCGACGCCCCUUCUGUCGCUCUAAAACCCUAGAAUUUAGGGCUUUUUAUGGCGCUCGCCUCUUCGCUUCCUCCUCUCGAGCAUUCCUUCUAGGGUUUUUACUCUCUUCCUCCUCUCCUCCUCCAUGAAUCUCUCUCGCGCCUUCCUUCGUCUCCUUUCCUCCUCCUCCUCCUCCUCCUCCUCCUCUCCCCAAUCCCACAAAUGGCUCUUACUCCGCCGCAUCCCCAUCGUCCCUCCCCACUACUCCGCCCUCUCCUCCGCCGCCGCCGCUGCCGCCGCUUCCCCAACAAAGCGCCCCUCCUACAAUCGGAAGCCUAAGCCGAAGCCGGAGCCGGAGCCGGAGCUGGAGCCGGCGCCCGCGCCGGAGCCGGAGAAGGACUCUUCUCUAGGGCUUACGAGCUCCGGGUGGAAACCCCAGGUUCAGAGGGAGAAGGGGCCCUGGGAGCUGCCGCGGCCCAGCACGAUCCCCUUCCAAGCCAAGGUCGCCAACUGUGUGCAGUUCGUUGGAACCAUCGGCGUCCCCGUCCAGCUCCAGAGGCUCCCCGAUGGCCAGUUCACCGCCGUGUCUGUUCUCGUCUGCAAGAACACGAAUGGCUUCCUACAUUUCUGGAUUCCUGUUAUAUUUCAAGAUGAUUUGGCACAAAUAGCUGCUUGCCAUCUGAAGGAAAAUGACCUCGUGCAUAUAGAGGGAGAGCUAAGUGGAGAUGCACCACCAUUCCAAGAUAAAGGUUCUCAAGCCAACAUUCAGAUUUUAGCUCAUAGCGUAAGUUUCGUGCAAAAUGAAUGUAAAGAGAAGGACAGCAAAGUAGCAGACAAAAAGGAUGCUGUGAAGCCUAAUCAUUCUGUAGCUGAGAUAGAGGAAAAUUCACCAAUGUUGCAUUUGUGGAAUGACCUUCUGGCGAACCCUCAAAACUGGUGGGAUAACAGAUCAAACAAAACCUUCCCCAAAUCAGCUGCAUUUAAACACAAGGUUAAAGGAGAAUUACUUUGGCUAAAUGAGUCAACUCCCGAUUGGGUUCUGUCCAAACUGGAUACCUUAUCCUUUGGCCCUAAUAGGACAACAAAGAGGGUAGACAAGGACAACACAGAGAAGUCAGAGAAUCCAACUCUGAAGUUAUGGUACGAUCUUGUUAGUAAUCCGCAACAAUGGAGGGAUAACCGAAUGGACAAACAAAAUGGAAAGAAAAUUCCAAAAUUUCCUGAUUUUAAGCACAAGGAUAAUGAAAAUCCGCUAUGGCUUAACACAGCACCACAGUGGGUGGUAAAGAAGUUGGAUGGCUUAGUAUUUUAUGGGAGCUGUAGUACAAGUAACCAAGAAGUUACAAUUAAUGAAGCUCAUACACAAAUAAAUGACAUUGGUAAGGUUAGCAGGAAGUUUAAAGGCAAGGAGCACAAAGAAGCAUAUGCAGUAUCUGAUAAAAAAACUGAUGUGGAUUUAUGGAAGAAUCUCGUGGAGAAUCCAAAAGAAUGGUGGGACAACCGAGCAAACAAGUUCAAUCCGAAGUCUCCUGAUUUCAAGCACAAAGAAUCAGGUGAAGUUUUGUGGCUUAGGCCAUCUACCCCAGAAUGGAUUGUAUCGAAGUUGCCUCCAUUGAAUACCAAGGCUGGGAAUCGUAAAAAGGCUUCUGCUGGAAGUGCUUCUUAAGCAGCUUCUGCAUUGAAGCUAUACCCUACUAUCUGGAGCUACAUGAGCAGCUUCUGCUUUUCCACAAUUUGAGCUCCGCAUGUAAAUGCGUCCUCUCGUGGUGCUAGUAUGAUCGCUAACUGAAUCCAUAUCAAGCGAUGGUUGUUGUUGUAUUCUCCUUAGUGGGUUAAUACAAUGUAGGAUUUGCUGUAAAAAAAAAAAAAAAAAAGUAGGGAAAAUUAAUGUAGAUCUGAACUACCUGCUUGUGAGCAUGUGGUGUACAUUUGUUUCAGUUGUCUACAAGAACUAGGAUCACCAAUAUGAAAUUAUUUUGCAUUGCAUGACACCUGUUGGCGAUGUCUUCAUGCGCAUUGUAGGGAAGUACUCAGAUAUGUUGCAAGGAAGGGCUUGAUUUGUGAUA